AUGGAGCCCAGACUGCUCUGCCUGGCCACCUGCUUUCUCCUGGCUGCCCGGUGCCUGCAGGGGCUGCCCUGCCCCAGCCGGUGCCUCUGCUUUAAGAGCACCGUCCGCUGCAUGCACUUGAUGCUGGACCACAUUCCUCAGGCAGCACAGCUGACCACAGUCCUAGACUUGAGAUUUAACAGAAUAAGAGAAAUUCCAGGGAGUGCCUUCAAGAAACUCAAGAAUUUGAACACCCUUCUCCUGAACAACAAUCAAAUCAGAAAGAUUUCCAGAAAUGCAUUUGAAGGACUGGAAAAUUUGCUGUAUCUGUACCUAUACAAGAAUGAAAUUCAUGCACUAGAUAAGCAAACAUUUAAAGGCCUCAUAUCCUUGGAACAGCUGUAUAUUCAUUUCAACCAAAUAGCAACUCUACAGCCAGAGACCUUUGAAGACCUUAUGAAAUUAGAGCGGCUAUUUUUGCAUAACAACAAAUUAUCUAAAAUCCCAGCUGGGAGCUUUUCUCAUUUGGAUUCAUUAAAAAGACUGCGUCUGGACUCCAAUGCUCUGAUUUGUGACUGUGACCUGCUGUGGCUGAGGGAGCUCCUACAAGGCUAUGCUCAAACUGGUCAAACCCAGGCUGCUGCCACCUGUGAAUAUCCUCAAAGACUCCACGGGCAGUCGGUUGCUUCAGUCCCAGUAGAGGAGUUCAACUGUGAGCGUCCUCGGAUUACUUUUGAGCCCCAAGAUGUGGAGGUGACUUCAGGAAAUACUGUCUACUUCACUUGCCGGGCAGAAGGAAAUCCCAAACCUAAGAUUAUCUGGAUACAUAACAACCAUUCUCUGGAUUUGGAAUACGACGCCCGACUUAACAUGUUUGAUGAUGGGACACUCAUGAUCCGAAAUGCCAGAGAGUCAGAUCAAGGGGUCUAUCAGUGUAUGGCAAGAAACUCGGCUGGGGAGGCCCACACGCACAAUGCUGUGCUGAGAUACUCCAGCCUUCCAGCCAAACCUAAUUUUGUAAUCCAGCCCCGAGAUACAGAGGUUUUAAUUGGCACCAGCACGACUUUGGAAUGUAUGGCCACAGGCCAGCCACACCCUCAUGUAACAUGGACCAGAGGCGAUGGACAGGAGCUGGAUGAGUCCAGGCAUGCGGUGACUUCCAGUGGACUUCACCUACAGAACAUCUCGCUGUGGGACCAUGGUCCAUUCACCUGCCACGCCAGCAAUAACCAAGGCUCUGUUCAAGCCACCGCAAACAUAAUUGUACAAGCUCCUCCACAAUUCACAGUCAUCCCCAAGGAUCAAGUUGUGCUGGAAGAUCAUGCUGUGGAAUUUCCUUGUGAAGCAGAAGGCAGUCCACGCCCAGUAAUUGUCUGGAAAAAAGCAGGGAGACAACUGUCCCUUGAAGGCCGGCAUAUGGUUCUUUCCUCUGGCACUUUGAGAAUUGACCACGCGGCCCAGCACGAUCAAGGCCAAUAUGAAUGUCAAGCAGUCAGUCCACUGGGAGUGAGAAAAGUGUCUGUCCAGCUGACCGUAAAACCCAAAGAUCUCCCAGUGUUUGCUCAACUUCCUCAGGACAUGAGCGUUGAGGUUGGAAGGAAUAUAAACAUCUCCUGUCAUGCUCACGGAGAGCCGCAGCCCAUAAUUACGUGGAGUAAGGCAGGUGUACAGAUCACUGAGAGUGGUAAGUUCCAUGUUGACAGUGGAGGCAUGCUGACCAUCUAUGAUGCUGGGCAAGCUGAUCAAGGAAGAUACGAAUGUGUGGCUCGAAAUUCAUUUGGCCUUGUUGUGGCCAGUAUGUUUCUGAGAGUCACUGCAACCCAGGGUAGACAAGCUGGAGAUGACUUUGUGGAAUCAUCCAUUCUUGAUGCUGUACAGAGAGUUGACAGUGCAAUUAACUCAACACGAAGACAUUUGUUUGCACAAAAACCUCACACCCCCAGUGACCUGCUGGCUCUGUUUCGCUACCCGCGUGACCCAUUUACCGUGGAGACGGCGAGAGCGGGGGAAAUUUUUGAGCAGACCCUGCAGCUGAUCCAGGAACGUGUGAAGCAGGGCCUCACUGUUGAUCUGGAAGGCAGAGAAUUCCACUACAACGACCUGGUGUCCUCGCGAUACCUUAGCCUCAUCGCCAAUCUAUCAGGAUGCACGGCCCACAGGCAUCAGCCCAACUGCUCUGACAUGUGCUUCCACCUAAAGUACCGCACAGCUGACGGCACGUGCAACAACCUGCGGCAGCCCGCUUGGGGAGCGGCCCGCACGGCCUUCGUGCGCUUGCUGCAACCUGCAUAUGAGAACGGCCUGGGUUCGCCGCGUGGUGCCGGGCGUCUUCCUGGCUCCGGCCGCCCUCCGCUCCCGCUGCCCAGGCUGGUUUCCACCGAGCUGGCUGGUGCAGCGACGGUCAGACCCGACGGCAGCUACACACACAUGCUCAUGCAGUGGGGCCAGUUUCUAGACCACGACUUGGACCACACAGUGCCCGCGCUGAGCACCGCGCGCUUCUCCGAUGGGCAGCCCUGCAGCUCUGUCUGCACCGACGACCCUCCCUGCUUCCCCAUCGCCUUCCCGCAGGACGACCCCCGGGCCGGCAGCGCAGCCUGCAUGUUCUUUGUACGCUCCAGUCCGGUGUGCGGCAGCGGCAUGACCUCCCUGAUGAUGAACUCGGUGUAUGCCCGGGAGCAGAUCAACCAGCUCACAGCCUACAUCGACGCCUCCAACGUCUACGGGAGCUCAGAGAGGGAAUCCCAGCUGCUCAGGGACCCCUCCACACCCGAGGGCCUGCUGAGGACCGGCUUGCGGUGGCCUGCCUCCGGGAAGCAUCUGCUCCCCUUUGCCACGGGCCCCCCUACCGAGUGCACAGUUGGUGAUCAGGACAGCGCCAGUCCCUGCUUCCUGGCCGGCGACCACCGCGCCAACGAGCAGCUGGCUCUCACGGCCAUGCACACCCUGUGGGUCCGCGAACACAACCGGGUGGCUACCGAGCUGUCCGCGCUCAACCCGCACUGGGAUGGGGACACGGUUUACCAGGAGGCCCGGAAGGUGGUGGGCGCCGAGCUGCAGCACAUCACCUACCAGCAGUGGCUGCCCAAGAUCCUGGGGGAGCCCGGCAUGAUGCUGCUGGGGGAGUACCGGGGCUAUGACCCCAACGUGAACGCGGGGAUCUUCAACGCCUUUGCCACCGCAGCUUUUAGAUUUGGCCACACGUUGGUCAACCCCAUUCUGUAUCGGCUGAACGACACGUUUGGUGAGAUUCCCCAAGGCCACCUGCCGCUGCACAAGGCUUUCUUCGCCCCGUCUAGAAUCCUGGAUGAGGGCGGGAUAGACCCCCUGCUCCGGGGCCUGUUUGGGGUGGCCGCAAAGGCGCGGGAGCCUUCUCGGCUGCUCAGCCUGGAACUCACCGAGAGGCUCUUCGCCGCCGCGCACGCAGUGGCCCUGGAUCUGGCCGCCACCAAUGUGCAAAGGGGCCGAGACCACGGCAUCCCACCCUACGGGGACUUCAGAGUUUUCUGCAACUUGACCUCCGUGAAGAGCUUUGAGGAUCUGCAACACGAAAUCAAAAAUCCUGAGAUUCGACGAAAACUGAAAAAGUUGUACAGCACUCCAGGCGACAUGGACUUGUGGCCCGCCCUUAUGGUUGAAGAUCUGAUCCCUGGGACCAGAGUGGGACCAACACUCAUGUGUCUGUUGGUCAUCCAGUUUCAACGGUUAAGAGAUGGAGAUAGGUUCUGGUAUGAAAACCCUGGCGUGUUCACCCCUGCACAACUCACUCAGCUCAAGCAAGUGUCCCUGGCCCGAGUGCUUUGUGACAACGGCGAUGACAUUCAGCAAGUCCAGGCGGAUGUCUUUGUAAGGGCAGAAUACCCACAGGGUUACCUGAGCUGUAGUGACAUCCCGAAGAUGGAUUUGCAAGUGUGGCAAGACUGCUGUGCAGACUGCAGGAGUAGAGGACAGCCGAGGACAUCCACUCCAGAAUCUCGAAAGAGACGCUCUACUCAAUACAGCUAUCCUGGUAAAAAACAUAUGGACUUAAGUGAUCUAAUGAUCAGGCAACAAGAUAACUUGUAUAUGGAUGAAGACGCUAGAAAUGUGACGCUUGCGGGAAAAACAAAUUUUGCUCGGGAUUUCAGCAACUUUGCAGUGGAGAUUCAAAAGACCAUUGCAGCGCUCAGAGACCAGAUAAACAAGCUGGAGGCACGCCUGAGGCAGGCAGGAUGCACAGAUGAUAAAGGGAUUCAAAGGAAGGACCAGGAACGCUGGAUGAGAGAAGACUGUAUUAGCUGCACCUGUGAGAGUGGCCAAGUCACGUGUGUGGUGGAGAAUUGCCCCCCAACUCCAUGUUCCAAUCCUCAACUGGAGAAAGGAACCUGUUGUCCAGUUUGCAGAAGAAAGCAAGGGAUGCCAGCUGAUGCCCCAGAGAGGCGCUGA